UGAGGUUAGCGGAGCGUCCGUCGCGGCCCACGCUGGUUGGUCGCGAGCGGAGCGGUGGGCGGGGUGGUAUUCGGCGGUCUGUGCGCGGCGCUCGCGGGUACUCUGCUUCAGCGCGUUUGCUGGUCGUUCCGCCGGACCCUGGAGUCGCUCUGCACGCCGAGGACGUGGUCGCCCGCUCCUCCGCGCCGCCUGGCCUGGGGUUACUCUCUUAGCUCCAGGGUCUUGGAUAUGGACCUUCUUCAGUUCCUGGCCUUUCUCUUUGUCCUGCUACUGUCUGGGACAGGAGUCACAGGCACUCUCAGGACCUCCCUGGACCCAAGCCUGGAGAUCUACAAGAAGAUGUUUGAGGUGAAGAGGCGGGAGCAGCUGUUGGCACUGAAGAACCUGGCACAGAUGAACGAUGUCCACCAGCAGUAUAAGAUCCUUGAUGUCAUGCUCAAGGGGCUCUUUAAGGUGCUGGAAGACUCCCGGACAGUGCUCAUUGCCUCAGACGUGCUCCCAGAUGGGCCCUUUCCCCAGGAUGAGAAAUUGAAGGAUGCUUUCUCUCAAGUGGUGGAGAACACGGCCUUCUUCGGUGAUGUGGUGCUGCGCUUCCCGAAGAUCGUACAUCACUACUUUGACCAAAACUCCAACUGGAACCUUCUCAUACGCUGGGGCAUCAGCUUCUGCAACCAAUCGGGCGUCUUUGACCAGGGGCCCCACUCGCCCAUCCUUAGCCUGAUGGCCCAGGAGCUUGGGAUCAGCGAGAAAGACUCUGACUUCCAGAAUCCAUUUAAAGUAGACCACGCAGAGGAGCCAUAUCAGUCUGUAUGCUGGCCACUGUCCAGCCCAGAGGGAGCUGGCCGCCUCUCUGCUCUCAGAUGCUCAAAGUCUGUUGGGGAAGGCAGCAGGGAAACACAGUUCCAAUCCAGAGUGAUCACUAGCAAUGGAAGACAGAAGUGUGGUGAGCUGUGGGACCUCGAGAGGGAGCCUGACUCUGCUUCAGCAGUUCCUUUCCAGCACCGACCCUUUCCAGAAGGCCCUGAGGGAAGAGGAAAAACGCCGGAAGAAGGAGGAGAAGCGGAAAGAGAUCAGAAAAGGCCCCCGGAUCUCGAGAUCCCAGUCUGAGUUAUAACCCUGGAGGCAGCAUUACGGCUGAGGUGCCGUGAGAGCCUGGCCCUGUGAGGGGGAGCCGUGCCUGCCAUGUCCCUGGAGCAGCUGAGGGGCCUUUAGAGGAUGCUGCGCUGCAGACCGUGGAGAUGCGGGGGAGGCAGGAGGGUCCUGGGAUGGACCCUCCCUGGGUUAGGACUGCUGGCUGGCUGUUAGGAUUGCCUUCAUGGGAAGACAGCAGAACCAAGCUCUCAACCGUGUGUGGAGCGCUUUGCCUGCUGCUGGCCUGGCUGUGUCCCUGAGCUGCCCGGCACAGGUCCCAGCCCUCUGCAGAGACACAAUAAAAGCCAGCAAAACCUCUGGCUAACGGAGGCUGGUUUGGACCCCAAAGAGGUAUGAACCCCUCCAAAGUACAGGUGUGGAGGGCCCUGGGUGGGGGAACCAGAGGUCCUCAGAGAUGUAGAGACCACCUUAGAGGAUGUUUCCUCCUCAUCAGGAGGAGCCCCAGGCCCUCGUGGGGCCGCAAAGCAUCAGCUUGGCUUAGGCUUCUUUGCUUCUGAGGACCAGUGUUGCUUUCAUGGAGGACCAGUGUUGGGAAAGGACCAAAAGUGUCCUGGGAAGGUGUUUAGUCUAAGAUGACCUUGUAGCAAAAUGGUCUUUGUCCUCAGAUACCUGGGGACAGGCAUAGGGAACAGUCAACUUGUCUUCCCAGGCAAUGCUGGGAGACCCUUGGUCCAUGGGUAGGAGCUGUUGGGGGACAGGCCACAGCUCUGUAGGAGGCUGUGCUUUGUAAUGGCAGGGCUGCCAUGAACUUGAUUGGUUAGACAGCAAGCUCCUUAUCUCAGGAGGCAUGCAAGCAGAUGCCAGUGGCUACAGGGCAGGGAAGCUGCAGGAGGAAUGAGGCCCUGAGUGGACAGCUGCCCCUCAGUCAUGCUCUUCCCAGGCAGAGGAGGAAGAAGCUCUGGUGGGAAUUCUAGCUCUGUCUUUUUGACCCGGCCAAGCCAAGUCUGCCUCUUAAAAGGGGAAAGACACAUGACCAUCCAUAGAAACCCCAAUUCCCCACUACUGACAGAGCCCGAAGGAGACCGGAGUCUUGUCUCAGCCCAUCACACUUGCCAAGUGACUCUGGCCCAGCCCUUCCUAUGCUGCGGUUUCAUUAGCAAAAUGAACUUGAUAAUGAUUGAACCUCCUGGCAGCCCUAAACUUCUUUGAAGCUGAGGCUUAGCUUCUGAGUGACAGGUUCCCUUCUCUGAUGGUUCUUCAUUCAUCCCAUAGAUUUGUGAGCACCUACUGUAUGCAUGGUCCAAGAGAGGGCCCACUCUUAACCUAUUUUUUAUCUCUGCCUCAUCUGGCCUCUCCAUCGUCCUAAGCAAUUCCUUCUACACCUUUGACCUCCAUUUUGGUUGACACUUUCCUCCCCACCCCUAAUAUGGACCCAAUUGUUCCCAUUUGACACUUUCAAAGGAGCAAGGAGCCACUCUGCCCCCUCUUCCUUUACUGCCAUUGUUGAUGGUUGUGGGUACUUGUCCCCAGAGGUCCACCUUGAGUCUUACUGCAGGCAGAGCCUGCCCACCUCCCCAUCAGGAGCUGUAAAGGAGGCCUUCGCUUGUCCAGCCUCCUUGUAGCUAGGAUUCAGUUCUGUGACUGAAGCACUUCAUCAACCAGAUGCACCAGCCAGAGUGGAAAGCCAUGGCUGCAGCUACCAGGGGCAGCCAGUAGUGGAGGUUCUAGUGGUUAGACCAGUGCCACUGAGGGUGCCUUACAAUGUCAACAGUGACAUCUUUAGUGGUGCUUCCAGCGUGGUCUUGGAUUCAUUUCUGUCUGCUGAGCUUCCAGGUACAAUCUGAGGCACCUCUGGAGAGUCUGGGAAUUUCCCUAUAUCCUCUAAGGCAGCUUUUCAGCAGUGGCACUAUUUACCUUUGGAUCCAGAUAAUUCUUUGUUGUGUAUGUGAGGAGGGCUAGGAGGGAGGUCAUGUGUGUUACAGGCUAUUUAGCAGCAUUCUUGGCCUCUACCCACUAGAUGCCAGUAGCAGUCUUACCAGCUGUGACUAUCAAAAAUAUCUCCAGACGUUGCCAGAUGUCUCCUGGGGGCAGACUCUACCCGGUCCACAGCACUCCUCCCUCCUUUUCCCAGCUCCACAUCUUCCGCUGCUGGCAGCUCCUUGAGGUCAUGCUCCCAGGCUUCUGGGCCACCGGGUUGUUCUGGUUCUCUGCUCUUGGUCUGAGUUUGCUCUAUCUUCCUGAUUGCCCUUUCCUCAUCUGCCCCUAAAUGAAGAAUGUUUUAGCUAUUUCUCUCUGCUCAUUUCUUCCUGGCAGCUGUAUCUAAGAUCCCAUUGCUGAUGUCAUCUGCCCUAUUAUCACCUGAUAACCCUUAGUCCUUACAUUUCAGCUAAUCCAAAACCAAGCUUGUUUCCCAUCCCCAGCUGUCAAACUGUGGGUACAUAUACAUACUCUUGCUUUAUCUUGGAGGAACUGACACCUAAACUGAACCCUGAAAGAUGGGCAGAGGAGGGAGGAGAGACAGGUACCAUGAGUAGAAGCUUAAAAGGGGAGGUGUCAAAGGUAGUAAAUGAAAAAACAUGCAGAGUUGUCUUCUAUGACCUGUAGUAAGUGCCCAGUCUAGUGAUGUCUGGACAUAAUGAUCAUCCAGUUCAGUCCCUUCCUUUUCAGAUGAAGAACUCAGGUUCUGGGGAGUGACUUGUUUGAGGCUCACUACCUCCUGAGCCAGCCUCUGUUCUCUUGGCCAGGACAGUAUGCCAGCUGGAAGAGAUGUUCAGUUAGAUGAGAUACAGAGAAUGUCAGUAUUUGCUAAGGCUGGGUCCAGGGCAGGUGCCUUUCUUCUGUAGUUUUUAUUGAACAUUUGUGCCCCCUGAAGCCACUUGACCAGGCACCACAGACUGGGCAGGUCAGCUGGGAGCUGUGGGGACAGCUGCAGAGUGGGAGGCACUGCAAGGUACCCACUUCCUUGAUCUCCUGGUGCUCAGGCAGCCUUCUGCAGAGGAUUGCUGAGGCACUGGAGUAAAGACGGCACUGUCCAGGGGAGUUUUUCUGUGCCCGGUCCAGGGGAGGUUUUCUUUCUCAGGGUGAGACUGGUAUAGUCAACACCACCUCUCCUGCAUGUAAACCAUGAAGAGAACAUUCUUGUUUUUCCAAAAACAUAAGGCACUUCUUAUGUUCAUUAUAAAAAGUAAUUUAAACAACACUGAAAUACCAAGAAGAAAUCAAAUUCACCCUGAAUCCCACCACUCCCAUAACACUUAGCUGUGCUUCCAUCCUUUUUGCCCUCCAUGUGAGCACACAGAUCCCUGUUUUUUUCAAUUAUAGUUGAGUUCUUGUAGGUCACUUAGUAUGCCAGACCUUAUGCCAAGUGCUGGCUGGCAAGCAGUCUCCUCCUGCCCCAAGGCCUUUAUCCAUGUUAUGUAUUCCCCUGGCUACACCAGCUGCAGUUCUCUCAUCAUAAUUUUAUGUUUCAUCUUAAAUGUCAGAGUCCUUCCCUGACAUUCCCAAGUCCAGUCCCUUGUUACAGUUUCAUCACACCCAUUACCUUCUCCUGAUCACUUGUACCAUUGUCUGUUAUUUUUGUUUAAUGUCUGUUUUCCUCACUAGACUGGAAGCUCUUAGAGGGCAAGAACUGUCUCUUCAUGCCUGGCACAUAGUCAAUAAAUUUUGUCAAAUGAAUAUAUAAAUUAUCUAUUUUAACCUUCACAACUGUGAAGGAGCGCAAUCCAUUCUGCCCCCAUUUUAGAGAUGACAAAACUGAGGCUUUGAACAGUUAUUUAACCAGCCCAAUUUCGCACCAUGCAUAAAUGGAUUGGUAUGUCUGCCUCCACACAUAGCCUGUCUGCUCUUACGUCUUGGCCACCAGGCAACAGUUGCCUCACACAGACAGAGCACAUACUUUUUUUGUUAUCAUUAAUCUACAAUUGCAUGCAGAACAUUAUGUUUACUAGGCUCCCCCUUUCACCAAGUACCCCCCACAAUCUCCAUUACAGUCACUGUCCAUCAGCGUCGUAAGAUGCUGUAGAAACAGAGCACAUACUUUUAAUAAUAUUGUGAAAAAUCUUUGUCAAUAGAUAACACAUUUAUGUACAUGUUUAAUGAUACCUUUAUCCCAUUGUGUGACAGUAAUUUACUCAUCUGGUCCCUUACUGGGCUUCCCAGUUACAGAAUUUGUGAUGAAUGUUUUCACAUACACUUGCGUACUUUUCUGAGCACUCUCACACUUUCAUUCCUUGAAUAAAUUCCCAGAAGUUUG